AUAUCAAUCGUGUAAAAUUAAAAAUAAAAUACUGAUCCAAGAGAAAAAGGAACAGAAAGAAGGGCCAUGUUUUAUUUAGAGUUUUAAUAACAACCUUGAAGACCUCGUGACUGGCUUUAAGAGCCAUAACGGUGAGCCAUUCUUAUUUCCCAACGGUUGGUUGAAUUGAAACUCAAACAAGCACGAGCACCCCCUCUCCCCUGAGCAAGCAAGCUAUGCUAGGCUAAGCCAAAGCCCUGCAGCAGAGACCAAGCAAGCCCCCAGCUAGGCGGUGGACCUCACGUGAACACAACACCAUCGAUGCAAAAAAAAUUAAAGAAAAGUUAUUGCUUGCACCUUUCUAUGUCUACCCAAAAAGAUAUCAUUCUAUUCUACCUUUCCAAAUCAACCAGAGUUGGUCUUUUUUGUUACAUGCAUAAGGAAAAAAGGCAUGGAAGCUUUGUGGAAUUUAGAAGACAAGUGGAGGCUGUCAACCCAAGAAGCUUUCGUCCUAUUGGUAUCUGCUGCCUUUGCUGUCAUUGGUCUUUGCAUGGCCGCAACGGUUUUACUAAAGAAGGCUCAGAGAAAACAGCAGCAGAUUGUGAUGAGCAGCAGCCAACAAGAGACCGCAGCAACAGGUCCCAAAUUGUCAGGCUCUGAGCCAAGUUGCAGUUGGGGGUCAAUAAAGGGGGCGUUGGUGAGCACGGUGCGGUGGAGCAGAGCCAGCAAGUGGGAGGAGGAGAGACAACAGGGUGGGAGCUGGAGAGAGACGCCGCGGCCGCUGCUGGACAAAAGGGUUGCAGUUGAAGUGGGGUGGCGAAGCCAUAACUCAGACUCCCCUGUGUGGCAAAGGCCAAUACUUAUGGGGGAGAAAUGUGAGCUUCCAAGAUUUAGUGGCCUUAUUCUGUAUGAUGAAAGAGGUCGGCCUCUUUGUCACUCCCACAAAGAAACCAGAAACCAGGAAAAAACAGCUGCUGUUGCAAGAACAACUUUGAGGGACUUGCUGUAAUUUUCUCUGCAGAAAUGUUAGAAAUAGUUUUAGCAAAAGAGAGUGGUUGGGAUUUCAGUCGUAAUAUGGGCCAGUCAUCUUCUGCAAUAACAACCCUUUAUGUGCACAGCUGUAGCAUUUUUUAUGAACAUGCUUUUCUUUCAAUUUUCGUGAGCAAUUUUGUCCAAUUAAUAUGGCAAUUUUUAAUUAGGUGCACGUAAGUGGGACAACUGAAAAUUUUGAGAAAGGAAAAAUGAAGACGAUACAUGAAACUGAAAUUCAACCAUGCGAUCUAUCACCAGUGCUGUACAUCAUGAAGGUUUUGUAUGCAAUGACAGAGGAAAUAUCCGGGGAAGAGAGCCAGAAACAUAUUCAAUGUGCACCUAGGAGGCUAGACGAUCUGUUCUCAC